CUGUCACUCUGGCACCUACUUGUUGGGUGUUCGCGCAGCAGAGGCGCACAGAGGAGCGAGCGACGGAGUUGCAAGGGAGAGCGGUGAGGGGCGCAUUCCUCUUGGCCGUCGCGGGAGCUCUCCGAGGCGGAUCGAGCGCCUGCGCUGCCUCCGCCAGCCCAGGGCUGUUGGAAUAAGCGCUUGGGUGACCGAGGGCUGCUCCGGAGCUUCCAGGCUGCACUCGGCGAAAGCCCUCCCGCCCUUCCCGCCGCCGAUGCUCCGUGCAGCGGCCGGUCGAUGGCUUGUCGAAUCCUCGCCUGUCUCUGAUCCCACGGCGUUCGGCUCGGAGCAGCAGGCAUGCUGGAUUCUGGCAGGCGGCACUGGGCUCUCCUCGCUGCGGCGCUUAGGCUGUGGCAGCUCCUAACUUUCUAUGUGCAGGUGUCCCAGUCCACGGGCUAUUUCGAGCUGCAGAUUAACUCCGUGAAGAAUGUAAACGGCGAAUUGUUGAAUGGGGCAUGUUGUGAUGGCAUGAAAACCCCCCAGAACCUGGACUGUCCCCGGGACGAGUGUGAUACUUACGUGAAAGUCUGCUUAAAGGAAUAUCAGGCCAUAAUCACGCCCAUUGGAACAUGCAUCUACGGCUCCGGAUCUACGCCAGUUCUCGGUGGAAAUACUUUUUAUCUCAACAACCGCAAUUUUCAUCAGAGUAAAAAAGGCGACAUGGGACGGAUUGCCAUGCCGUUUCAAUUUGCAUGGCCGAGAUCAUUUACAUUAAUACUCGAAGCCUGGGAUUGGGAUAAUGAGACAAAAGCUGAGUUAAUUGAAAGGGUCUCCUUUGCUGGAAUGAUCAACCCAGAGGAUCGAUGGAAGACACUACUGCUUAAUGGCCCUGUUGCGCAUUUUGAAGUACAAAUAAGAGUGAAAUGUGAUGAAAACUACUAUGGCCCACAGUGCAAUAAAUUUUGUAGCCCUCGUGAUGACUUCGUAGGCCAUUACACGUGUGACCAAAAUGGAAAUAAAGCUUGUAUGGAAGGCUGGAUGGGUGAAGAAUGUAAACAAGCUGUAUGUAAACAAGGAUGUAAUUUAAUCCAUGGGGGCUGCACUGUACCUGGGGUGUGCAAGUGUCAUGUUGGUUGGCAAGGACACUUCUGUAGCGACUGUAUCACCUAUCCAGGCUGUACUCGUGGGAGUUGUGACAAACCAUGGGAGUGCAAAUGUGAAACCAACUGGGGUGGUCUGCUCUGCAACAAAGAUUUAAACUACUGUGGAAAUCAUCAUCCAUGUGUGAAUGGUGGAACCUGUAUGAAUACAGAACCAGAUGAAUAUAGCUGUGUUUGCCAAGAUGGUUACUCUGGAAAGAACUGUGAAAUUGCUGAGCAUGCUUGUGUAUCGAAUCCAUGUGCUAAUGAUGGAAUCUGUCAUGAAAUUAAAACAGGCUUCAAAUGCCAGUGCCCAGCAGGGUGGAGUGGACCAACCUGUGCUAUUGAUAUUGAUGAGUGUGCAUCUAACCCAUGUGCUAGAGGUGGGACUUGUGUUGAUCGCAUUAAUGGGUUUGAAUGUAUAUGUCCGCAGCAGUGGAUUGGGGCAACCUGCCAACUUGAUGCUAAUGAGUGUGAAGGGAAACCCUGUCUUAAUGCUCAUUCUUGCAAAAAUCUUAUUGGUGGAUAUUACUGUGACUGCAUUCCAGGAUGGAAAGGAGUAAAUUGUCACAUCCAUAUUGAUUGUCAUGGCCAGUGUCAAAAUGGAGGCACUUGUAAGGAUGAGGUGAAUGGCUAUCGUUGCUUAUGCCCUCGUGGUUUUGUAGGAAAGAACUGUGAAACAGAAGUUGAUGAAUGCACAAGCAACCCAUGUCAAAACGCAGGACGUUGCAAUGACCUGAUCAAUGGAUUCCGUUGUCUGUGUCCACCAGGCUUUUCAGGAGAACUCUGUCAGAUUGAUAUUGAUCUCUGCGAGCCCAAUCCUUGCCAAAAUGAAGCUAAGUGUUAUGAUUUGGGUGGAGACUAUUACUGUGCUUGCUCUGAAGACUAUGACGGAAAGAACUGCUCUCACCUCAAGGACCACUGCAAAAAUAAUGCUUGCAAAGUAAUAGACAGCUGUACAGUAGAGGUGUUCUCAAAUGCUACCCGGAAUGGCAUCCGUGUAAUCUCCUCCAGCGUGUGUGGGCCUCAUGGACAGUGUGUCAGUCAACCAGGAGGCAAUUUUACUUGUGCCUGCAAGAAGGGCUUUACUGGAACCUACUGUCAUGAAAAUAUCAAUGACUGUCUUGGGAAACCUUGCAAGAAUGGCGGAACUUGCAUAGAUGAAGUAGACUCUUUCAGGUGCAUCUGCCAGACUGGCUGGGGAGGACAGUUGUGUGAUAUCGAUUUCAAUGACUGCUUGCCAAACCCCUGUCGCAAUGGAGGCCAGUGUAUUGACUCAGUGAAUGACUUCUAUUGUGAAUGUAAAAAUGGCUGGAAAGGCAAAACGUGCCAUUCACGGGAGUACCAGUGUGAUGCAAAUACUUGCACCAAUGGAGGAACGUGUUAUGAUGAUGGUGAUACUUUUCGAUGUUCUUGUCCUCCAGAAUGGAGAGGAAGUACUUGCAACAUUGCUAAGAACAGCAGCUGUCUUCCGAAUCCUUGUCUAAAUGGUGGAACCUGUGUUGGCAGUGGAGAUUCUUUUUCUUGCAUCUGCAAAGAAGGUUGGGAAGGACGUACAUGCACUCAGAAUACUAAUGACUGCAACCCCCACCCUUGUUACAAUGGAGGCAUCUGCGUAGAUGGCGUGAAUUGGUUUCGCUGUGAAUGCGCGCCUGGAUUUGCUGGUCCAGACUGCAGAAUUAAUAUUGAUGAAUGCCAGUCGUCCCCUUGUGCAUAUGGGUCUACUUGUGUUGAUGAAAUAAAUGGAUACAGGUGCACUUGCCCUCCUGGACGAGCUGGAACUAGAUGCCAAGAAGUGAUAGGAUUUGGAAAAUCUUGCUGGCUUAAAGGGACUUCCUUUCCCCAUGGCAGUAGAUGGGAUCAAGAAUGCAACAACUGCCACUGUGUGGAUGGCCGCAUUGACUGCACCAAGGUUUGGUGUGGGAAGAAAUCCUGUCUGUUUACCAAACAUGUGGACCAUGCUAGCUACCAAUGCCCCAGAGGUCAAGAAUGCCAAGAAAACAUGUAUAUCAAAUGUUUCCAACCACCUUGUGCUGAUUGGGGAGAAUGCAGUGAAUCGGAACCUCUGCCUGCCAACAUCAAGUGCCCCCCCAAUUCAGAUUACUUGGAUAAUAGCUGUGCCAGAAUUACUCUUAUUUUUAACAGAGACAAAGUACCCCAGGGCACUACUGUGGAAAACAUUUGCUCUGAAAUCAGAUACCUCCCAGCCACGAAGUCUGUUUCUGCUGACAGAAUGUUGCUAGUGUUGUGUGAUCUAUCAUACUCCAUAGAGAAUGCAGUGGAAGUUGCUAUUUCUUUCAUCUCGCAUCAAGGUGAGACAGAUAACAGCCUCAUUCAAAAUGCUGCCAAUACUAUAGUAAAUGCCAUUACAAAGCGGCAGAACAGCACAGUUAUGUUGGCGGUGACCGAAGUCAAAAUAGAAACCAUGGCAGUUGGGAAUCCUUCAUCAGAUUAUCUGGUUCCGAUCCUCUGUGCAGUGUUUAGUAUUGUAUGGUUAACCUGCAUAAUAAUCUGUGUGUGGUGGACACGAAAAAGAAGAAAAGAGAGAGAGAGAAAUCGUCCAUCCAGAGGAGAGGCUGCAAAUAACCAAUUGGCGCCUCUGAAUCCCAUCUGGAAUCCUAUAGAUAGACAUUGCAGUCAAAAAGGAAUUCAUUAUGAACACAAAAAUUUUGUAGCCCCUCAAAAAAGAACUUACGAUGGGGUAGAGGAAUGUAUAGAGUAUGAGGAGGAAGAAGAGGAGGAGGAAGAGGAAAGAGAGGUCAUGGAAAUGGACAGAUUCCUCUCUCACAAACUCUCCAAGACUUUGUCGAUAAAGACAGUGGACUCAUUAGAGAAUAGUCCUAUUAAGAAAUCUCUUCAGACAACCAAAAUGGACAACAGAUCUGUAAAAAAUGUGAACACAGUGAACCUUGAAGGUAUAAGAGACUAAAUCUGUGUUUGGACCAUAGCUGCACUGUCUGUGUUGAACGGUGUUGGGGAAAUUGGCGUCUCUGCUUUGCAUCAAGGACUUAAAUGUCUGGAGUCAAAUGUUCAUAGUUACUUUAUUUUGAAUAAAAAAAAUUAAAAUAAUAAAAUAAAAACUUUAUUUUGUUUCUUUUAGCCUUGUAUAAAUUAUUCAAUGACUGUCAGAUGACAAAGAGUAAUCUUUGAUAGUUGCUAUUUUUGUAAAUUUUACUUAGAAUACACAUGCUGUAUGGCAGAGGAGGGAAGUUUCUAUUUUCAAUAAUUUCAUAAAGUUUAUCACACAAUAUGCUACACUGUUUACAGAAUGUGUUCUUUACCUGUUAACAACAGUGGCUUAAACACCUCCUGGUUGAGGAAGUUGCUAAACUUAAGGAGAAAAACUCACAUGAAGUGUUCUCUUUUGAAUCCUUACUAGACACCACUCCCUGCACUUAAUUUCUGCAAGUUUGUUUUCCCCAAAAAAUUUGCCUUAUUUUUUUUAAACAAGAAAAAAAUCUAUAGAGAUCUUUCAAACUGUGGUUGGAAAAAGUGGCCUUUUUAAUUUUAAUGUCGAUUUGUUCUAAUUACCUUAGGAUUGCAGUAUUGAAGCACGUGUCAAGUGCCUUGAAAUUUAAACUUUUUUUCUAUAGCAACUGUCAAAGACUGCCGUGCCCAUCCACGUUUACCACAAGAGGAUGUGUGGCAUCCUCAGCCUGACACAGUUUCUUUUCCAAUUGUGCAAGUGCAUUUUUGUAAAUAUGUACAUAUUUAAAUGAAUCACUUCUGUAUAUUUGAGUUAAUAACUUAAAAUAUUUUUGAUCUUUUUAAAAACGUCAUUCCUUUUUAAUUUAUGUUGCAGAAAGGGAAGUUUUAUGGCAGUUUCUUUAAAAACAAAAAACAAAAAAAACACCUUAUUUGGAUAUUAUGUCCAUAUUAGAAAGUGAUGUUAAUACAAUUAAUGUUGGGAACCUGUUCACCUUUUGUAGCUUGCAAUGUAUCACCACCGUUUCACAUGUAAAUAGAUCCGGGCUGUUUCCUCCCAUUUCAAGAAUGCAGAGAGUAAGUGUACUGUACAGUAUAAAGAGAAGCAAGGCAAUAUUUUUUUUUCCUUUUGUGAUGUUUAUUACCUGUGGUAUUGCUUUUUUGCAUUUUUUUUAAAAAAUACAGGUCUAAUGAAGGGAACAAUAUUUUUCUCAUUUCUUGUUUCUGUUAAGCUUAUUCACUUCUUUGGCUAAAGGUUGGCAAACUCAAACUGGAACUAGACGACAUGGCAGAUGCAGGACUACCACCCCAAUCAAUCCUGCGGCCUUGUCUUUCUCCAGACAAUUAGCGAUUCGGAAUGUGUGAUGUGAUGUUGCUGCAUUCCUUUUCCCUGCCUCUACUCCACUUGGCUGCCACUUGUGGGGGCAGAGAAACUCUGUGUGGCAAUGUAUCACUAGAUGUUACUGGCAGGAAGAGGGGAGAGUAAGAUGAGGCACUGUUCUUUUGAGUGGCAGCCCCAUGUCUGCCAUAACAUCUGGUUCCAUCUUAGAAGAUGGAAUACCUCACGAGAAAUGGUUAUUCAUGACGGAAGGCUUGUGCAUUAGUUGUGGGCUUUUUAACGACUUUAUUAUUUCUAUAAAGAGAUGAGCAUAUCUUUCUUAAUUACUGGGGAAACCUAACCCUAUGUUUAUCCAUCAUUGCAAAGAAAAUUGGUGUUUCUCCCCCUCUCUCUCUCCCUCUCUCUCUCUCAACAUUUUGGCCACUCAGCAAUGUAAACCUGAAUGUCUUUUUUUUUUUUUAAACAGUUUUUUAUACACAAAUGCAGGAAUUGCUUUGCAGGAACUUAUGUGCAGUAAUUUUUGUUUGACAUGUUCUUCGAUAGCUUUCGAAAGAAAACUAUUUAUUAAAGCAUUUUAUAACAAUG